UUUUUACAUUGAAUUUCGACUGAAGUUCAGGGCUACUUGUCGCACGGUAUACCCAGGCGGUUGGGGUGUGGUUCCCAUAUAAAUAAUCACGUGAAAUUUCGGAUAGGCAGUCAUUUGCAUUUUGUUUAGCAAAGCAAAAACUAUUAUUGAAACAAUAUGUUUGUAAAACUGGCCGUCUUCGUAUGCUUGGCAGGCUGCGCCCUCGCCCAACACCAACAAUACCAAGGUCCCUUGGCAGGAGGUCAACCAGCCGCUCAAUACCCUGCAGGAGUCGACCCACAAUCUUGUCCCAACUACCCCGACUGCACCAAUCCAUUAGUAGCCAUCAGCCAAAACUCUGCCCCUCAAUACCAACAACAACAACCUCAAUACCAACAGCAACAACCUCAAUACCAACAGCAACAACCUCAAUACCAACAGCAACAACCUCAAUACCAACAACAACAAGCUCAAUACCAACCUGCUCCUCAAUACCCACAAUAUCAAGCUCCUGCAACUCCAGCUCCAGUGUAUCAACAAUACGCUCAAGCUCCACAAGGCCAAUACUCAUCGGACGUUCAACAAAGAUUAGACCGUGGUGAAUAUAUCGGUGACGGUGACUACCGUGGUGAAGGCUUAGCUGAAGCUUUGGCUCCAGGUUAUGCUGGUCAACAACAACAAGCUGCUCAAUACCAAGCGGCACCUCAAUACCAACAACAACCUCAGCAAUAUCAUGCACCAGCAGCUCAUGCUCAACCUGCUCAAAUUCCAGCUGGAGUGAGCGCGCAAGCUUGUCCUAACUACCCAUUCUGCCAUGCGUAAUUUGUAAGACUUUAAAGAAAAAAACUUAGACUGCCAGCUGACAACAUGUUGUUAACCUUUGAAUUCUUGUAGAUACUCGUCUUAGUAUUAUUUUUUUUGUAAAUGUGCCUUAAAUUAAUUGUAAUUUUUAGUUGUGUAAAGUGAUUGUAAUUUUAUACAAGAGAAAUACAAGUUUUAUUUGUAC